AUGGGUCGUUCCCGCCGGACUGGUGCGCACCGAGCGCACUCUCUGGCCCGCCAGAUGAAGGCCAAGCGGCGGCGGCCGGACCUGGAUGAGAUUCACCGCGAGCUGCGACCCCAGGGUCCUUCACGGCCUGCGACCAACGCGGAUGCUGAGCCCGACCCAGACCUGCCAGGAGGGGGCCUGCAUCGCUGUCUGGCCUGCGCGAGAUACUUCAUUGAUUCCUCCAACCUUAGGACCCACUUUCGAUCCAAAGACCACAAGAAAAGGCUGAAGCAGCUGAGCGUGGAGCCUUACAGUCAGGAAGAAGCAGAGAGGGCAGCGGGCAUGGGCUCCUAUGUGCCUCCCCAGCGAUUGCCAGUGCCCACAGAGGUGUCCACUGAUGUCCCAGACAUGGACACAUCUUGUUGA